UUCUUGUAACAACAACACAGCACCUGAUCACCCAGUUGAGACUAAAGAGGACUUCUCUAAUCCUAGACUAGAAGGGUAGCUUUGUCCCGAUGUCUGUCCAUGAGAAAAUAUCCAUGUCAGAUUUGAUGGAAACCCUCAGGGAGGAGCUCACCUGUUUCAUCUGCUUGGACUAUUUCAGCAGUCCAGUGACCACCGAGUGUGGGCACAGCUUUUGUCUGAUGUGCCUCCUCAAGAGUUGGGAGGAGCACAACACACCCUUAUCUUGUCCUGAGUGCUGGAGGACUUUGGGAGCCCCUCAUUUCCAAGCCAACAAGCGACUGGGGAGACUGGCUACCAUUGGCAAGCAGCUGAGGUCUCAGGUGCUGCAGAGUGAGGACGAGCAGAACAGCUGCGGGAAAACACCGGGAACUAACAGGGUGUUCUCUGAUGAUGAGCAGAGUCUAAAUAACUUCUCGACACAAAGUCACGGGAUGAACAGGGUAUAUUUCUCAAGUGAGGCUGAGGAGCAACACAAAGAAAAACUCCAGGAUAUCAUAAAUCUUCUACAAAAAAAGAAGAAGGAAGCUCAGGCCAUCUUGAACCAUGAGAAGGAGCGAGUGAUACUGUGUAAGGAGGAGACAAAGACUUGUAAGCAGGUCGUUGUGUUUGAGUAUAUGAAGAUGCACCAGUUCCUGAAGGAAGAGGAGCAGCUACAGCUCCAGCUCCUGGAGAAGGAGGAAAAAGAGAACAUGAAGAAGCUUCGGACCAACGAGAUCCACCUGACCCAGCAAGUCCGGCGCCUCAGCAAAAUGAUUGGGAGGAUUGAGUCCACCUGCCAAAACUUGACUUUGGAUUCUUUUGAGGAAGUCAGAGGAGCCAUGGAUCGGUGUGAAUCACUGCUGCUUCAGUGUCCAGAGACCACCAUCACAGAACUGAGCCUGUGCCGCAUCACAGGGAUGAGGGAGAUGCUGAGAAAAUUCAGCACAGAUAUAACUCUAGAUCCAGCCACAGCCAAUGCCUUCCUAGUUUUGUCUGAUGAUCUGAAGAGUGUGAGAUAUGGAGGAACCAGACAGCAAUUACCUGACAACCCAGAAAGAUUUGAUCAGUCUGCCACUGUGUUGGGAGCUCAGAUCUUCACCUGCGGGAGACACUACUGGGAGGUGGAAGUGGGAAAGAAGACUGAGUGGGAAGUGGGCAUCUGCAAGGACUCUGUGAACAGAAAGGGGAAUCUGCCCAAACCUCCUGGGGACCUUUUCUCACUGAUAGGCUUAAAAAUUGGUGAUGAUUACAGUCUCUGGGUGUCGUCGCCCUUGAAAGGUCAGCACGUCAGAGAGCCAGUGCAUAAGGUUGGUGUGUUCUUGGACUAUGAAUCUGGACACAUAGCAUUUUACAAUGUGACAGACGAGUCCCUCAUCUACAGCUUCCCAUCAACCUCCUUCCAAGAACCUCUCAGGCCUAUCUUCUCCCCUUGUCUUCCAAAUGAAGGGACAAAUACAGACCCACUUAUCAUCUGCCAAAUCUGAGGGACAUGCCCAGAGCCAUCACCAAAGACAAGGUCAAGGACCAACCUAGUCACUUAGUGCGUUCAAAGCCAUCACACAUCGGAUUAUCUGAAAGAAAAAAAAAAAAUCCUUCCAUUGCAACAACUUUCUACAAACUCAGUUCUGCAAAGAGUCAAUUAAAAAUGGAUUCAACACCAAGAAUAUAGAACUGAUACCCUGCCUUCAAGCCAGUUAGUUAUCUGAGUUACGCUGUGUGUGCUGGCCACUCAACAUACAACACUUCUACUGUUCUCUACCUGUGAAUCUGUCAUAGGCCAGUUUUAUAAAUACACGUCAUUUUUUUU